CACAGAAAAACCCUUCAGCUGCUCUGAGUGUGGUUGGAGAUUUACCCAAAAAGGAAAUUUAACUGAUCACAUGAGAGUUCACACAGGGCAGGAUAUUCGAAGCUUUAUUCAGAAAAUCCGGAAGUGUGGGCCUGAGGUCGCGUCUUUGUUUCCGGGUCAUCAAGACUUUUACCGACGAUCACCGUUGGCGUGUUUGGAUGAUCCAGUGUUCUGUAGGAGCGUUCAGAGUGGACUUUUCUCGUCCUUCCUCGACUCUUGGAUGUUUGUCAAAUGUCCGGGUUUCAGGCUCUUUCAGUUUUUCCUGAUGAGGUCCAUCAGCUGUCAGUGAAUAAAGAAGCGGCAUGCCCUGAGCAGCAGGAGAAGAGUGAGCAUCUGAAAACUGUAGAUGAACCUGAGGAACUGUGGCGCAAUCAAGAGAACGAGCAAAUUCACAUGCUAGAAGAUGACGUCACCAAGUUCACUUUUGUUCCUGUCCCUGUGAAGAGUGAAGAUGAUGAUGAGGAACCUCAGUCUUUACAGCAUUAUGAAAAACAAACCGAAGAGUCAGCCAGGUACUUUGAUCCAGAGAGAGAUUUACAACAACAUUCUGAGAUCAAGACCGAAGACUCUUCUGAUCCAGAGACUGAUGACAGCGCUGAUUGGAGGGAGAUGACAGAACACCAGUCAGGUUUAAAGUCAGUCAGGGAAAGCACAACAACAGGAGCAAAGAUUCAAAAGAAACUGUACAUCUACUCAGAGUGUGGAAAAAGAUGUAAGGGUGAAUUGGGUGUGAUUAGACGCAUGGUUUUUUAUACCAAAGAAAAACCCUUCCCCUGCACUGAGUGUGGUCAGAGAUUUACAAGAAAAAGAAAUGUGACCUCUCAUAUGAGAAUUCACACAGGUGAAAAACCAUUUGUCUGCUCUGAGUGUGGUCAGAGAUUUACCCACAAAACAAAUUUGAAUAUUCACAUGAGAAUUCACACAGGAGAGAAACCAUUUGUCUGCUCUGUUUGUGGCAAAAGAUUUAACUGUAAAGAACGUUUGACCACACACAUGGUAGGUCAUACCAAAGAAAAACCCUUCCCCUGCACUGAGUGUGGUAAGAAAUUUAACCGUAGAGACAGUAUGAUGAGACACAUGAAAUCUCACAAAGGAGUCAAACCUUUUGUCUGCUCUGUGUGUGGUAAAAGAUUUAACUGUAACGGGCAUUUGACUUCACACAUGGUAGUUCAUACUGAAGAAAAUGCCUUCCCCUGCACUCAGUGUGGUAGGAAAUUUAACCGUAAAGGCAGUAUGAUGAGACACAUGAGAAUUCACACAGGAGAGAAACCAUUUGCUUGCUCUCUGUGUGGCAAAAGAUUUACCAAUAAAGUAGGUUUGACUGCACACAUGGUAGUUCAUAGUGAAGAAAAAGCCUUCCCCUGCACUGAGUGUGGUCAGAGAUUUACCCUGAAAGGAAAUUUAACUGUUCACAUGAGAAUUCACGCAGGUGAGAAACCCUUUGUCUGCUCUGUGUGUUGCAAAAGAUUUACCCAACGAGCAAGUUUGACCAGACAUAUGCUAAUUCAUACCAAAGAAAAACCAUUCAAGCGAGGGAUUCUCAUGAAGAUGAAGUAGGUAAGCUAAUCAAAUUUCUGUUACGGUAAUGAAUUUAUUUCCUCAUCAUGGCCCUAAAAUUGCAUAAAAAAUGUGCACAUGAAUGAUAGUUUUAUCUUAAUUAGUACAAUUAGAUUCUUGAUGACAUAAUAAGCACAAAACAUUUUGUACACAAAGGUCUCUGAUUUUUUCUAUAAGUUGUACCAUGUUCAUGAGAAUCACCCAGCCGCUCGUGAAACGUGAAAAAUAAUGAAACAGUAUCAGCAGGAUUAUCUUCUAGUGAUGACCCAGGUUUCCAUUCCUGAUUACUCCCUAUGGUUUCUGUAAAGGGAGGGGGUUCCUGCCAUACCUGUUCAUACAGACUGCGCCUUAGUCAGUCAUCAUUCUUGUGCAUGUGAACAGCCCGUGCCAAUCACCCCCUUUCUGGACCAAUCACUGACCUCUGACACUUGUGUUGGUGCCAAUCAAUCAAUCAUCCUCUGUGGAGUAUCAGAGCAGAGCAGGCAGCUUCAAGUUUCCCCUCAUUCUCAGGACUGUUUGUUGUUCAUUAAUUCUGUGCGUCCAUGAGAAUGCAAUUAAAUGUCUCUUGUUCUGUUAAGCUUGUCUUUUCUGCUGUAAUGCUGCUGUUCACCCUGUUAUUUUUCCUUACGUUGUAUAUAGCGUGCACACAGACAGCUGUCUGGAUUCUGCUGCUCUGUGACUGACUUAUGCCAGUUCUUAGCUUGUUUCUUAACCCUUAUGUAUUGUUUUCAUACAAAGUAAUGCCUUAUCUUUCUCAAGAUUCCCCUCAUUCUCAUUAGUAGAUUGAUGACUCUCCCUUAAAGUUUAGAGGCUCACUUCUGUAUCUUAGAGUCAUCAUGCUGUUCAUUUGUUGUUCUGUAAUUUAAUAUGUGAGAAACAGGAUGCAGUAUUUAUCAUUUAAUCACAAACUUAAGAUUUGAUCUGCUUUUAUUAUUUUAUUCUUUAUUUGUAGAAACCAAAUCCACAAACAAACAUCAAUGUACACCAUCCCCUGGCUUCAUCUGAUAUAACAACAAUAGAUGAGUGGCAACUCAAAGAGAGAGAGUGUGUGACUGGAGUCAUUUCCUCAUAUUCCUGUUCUGACCGGACAACCUGUGGAGUCUGCAGAUAUAUUCAACCAAAAUAUUCAAUUCAUACAUCACUGAGGUCACAAGAGUGGUAUUGAGCAACCAUCACCUCCUUUACAAUGGUGGGGUCUCACUCGUGUACCAUUGUUCUGUUUUAAAUUAAUGUAUCGGCAAGACUGCAUUCAACUCCUGACUCCUGACUGACUCGUCUUUUAAUGUAUUAUUUCUUGCCACAACAAGGGUGAGAUUGAACACACUAUUAUUUCAGUCCUUGGGAGGAGCGGAAAAAACCUUCCUCUCUCCCUGCAUUAAGAAGUGGUGCUUUCAAGCACACUCACUCUUAUGUGCUCUCUUAACGCUGUCUUUUCUUCCAACAUGUUACUCUCUCUCUCUUCUUGUGUAGUUUCCUUUUGCUAUUAGUUGGCAUUUCAUUUUUGGCCUUUAGCUUUUUCUUUUCGUUUCCUCAUGUUUUUCACCAUGUCCAAACUACUGUUAAA